AUGGGAUUAGAUGCCACGCUCGCGCCCCAAUAUUUGAUGUUCAAAGAUGAAGUUAGUUGCCCGAUUUGCAAAGAGAUACUUGAUGCACCCUUCGAAGUUCAAUGCUGCCAAGGACACAUGUGCCAGAGUUGCUUCAUGGAGACGCAAGGACGCUCCGACGAAUGUCCUCUUUGCCGGAAGUCCCAAUUCACCGGCCGAAAAGGGCGAACCAUGUCGAUGUUCCUCGAGAAGUUCCAGCUCGUCUGCAACCAUUGCCACUUGACAAUACCAUAUGCCCAGUUCAACGAACACAAAAAGAAUUGCCUCCCCGAAAAGCAGUGCGAACACUGCGCCGUCCACAUGAGCGAGAGUGAAUUUGAACGACACACGAAGUGCACCCUCGAGCUCCAGAAAAAGCUCGAUUUGGAGAUUUGCAAGCGUUUCUUUCUGCUUCAUCCGGAUAUGGAGGCGAGGGACUUUUUCCAAAUGCUGCGAGAUUUCAACCCCGAAUCCGUCAAUCUCUCUUCCAUGAAUAGAGCCAACGAAAACACCUUCAGAAGCGUCAGUUUGAAGGAACUCUUCGAACGCAUUCGGUUCUAUACCAUUGAUGAUAUCAUGGCUCGCAGAAACGAAAAUGCAGAUGAUGCUGGCGAUGACAUAGAAGAGAUCGAGAUCGAACACCAAAAACCCCGAUCACGAAGCUCAUCGACGGAAUCGUCGAAUUCAUGGAAUACGUCGACGACUUUGAAGAAGAAUCUUCCGAUAACCAACCCAUGGCCUCUUAAAAUUCCUCUCUCUAUUUUCUCAGUUUAUUUUUUGCAUCGUUAA